AUGAGUUUGCUUCUUCUCGGAUAUCAUCUAAAAAUUUCGGCAUGCGAGCUGGUGGCGCUGGGGCCGCUGCUGACGUCAGAGCCGCCGCCGCUGGUGGUGGUGGGGGCGUCGGGGGCGCGGCUGCACUGCGCCGCCAAGGGCGAUCCCCAGCCGCGCGUCUCCUGGCUGGCCGCAGACGGCUCGCCCCUGCUCGACGAACCGGGUCUCAGGCGGGUGCUUGGCGAUGGCUCGCUGCAGGUGAGCCGAGUGCGCGGCCCGCUAUUAGUGCGCUGCCGAGCUGCUAGCCCGCGAGGCGCUGUGCUCUCGCGACUCGUCACCUUGCAGUCCGCAGGUGACACCAGGUGGGAGGCGGUGGUGGAGGCGGGGGCGGUGUCCGAGGGCGGUGUGGCCGCGCUGCGGUGCCGCUCCGACGGCGGCGCGGCGCCCCUGCAACCCACCGCUUGGUACCGCGACGGAAGGGCCAUCGACACCUCAGAUCCGCGCUAUCUCUCCGCUGGUGACACGUUGUUGAUUCGCGACGUGACACCUUCCGACGCGGCAGCCUACAGCUGCCUCGCGCGACAUCCGCACUACGACCUCGCCAAGCGCUCGGGCACCACUUCUCUCAACGUCAUACCGGCGAGCGGCGUGGGGGGCGCGGGCGGUGCGGGGGGCGCGCCGCGUCUGGCUCCGGGCGCGGCCGAACUGAGCGCGCCUCGGGGCACCGACUUCUGCCUGCCUUGCGCCGCCGCCGACUACCCCGUGCCGCACUACACAUGGUAUCGCGAACGUGAGGGGCGGCUGCAGCCUGUGCAGCUUGGAGGUAAUGCUGGGAGCGUAAUGACGUCAACGGGAGCGGAGAGCUCGCUGCGCGCAUGGGCGGGUGGAGCCGCUCUAUGCGGCAAGGCGACGCCAGAGCUGGCCGGCGCCUGGCUCUGCAAAGCUUACAACGGCUUCGGUGACGCCACGCUGCAACUGCGCCUAAACGUCGACGCGGAGCUGAACGUCACCGUUGCACCCCCCGUAUUGGUGGCGGAAGUGGGCAGCACGGUGAUGCUCAACUGCAGCACCAAUCUGCCGGCGUCGUUGUCUUGGCUGCACGACGGAGUGCCGCUGCAGGCGAGCGGAGCGCGGCUGGCGGUGCGCGGCGUGGGGCGCGCCCACAGGGGCAUGUACCAGUGCCUGGCCUCGAGAGGCGCGCGCCAAGCACACGCCGCGGCAGAACUGCGCCUGGCAGGUGUGUGGCUUCUCCAAUACUUCAUUGUUACGCAGAUCAUCACUCAUCAUGAGCAUACCAAUCUCAUGAUGAGUGAUGAUCCGCGUGACGGACGUCCUUCAAUAGCAAUAUCUGAAUAUAAAAUCAGUUCUAUGCAGCUCAUGGUAAAAGAAGAUAAGAAAGCGACCUUCCAGCUUUUUAACAGUUGGAUUCCAGAUAAUUUGAACGAAAAACAGAAACGCCUUCGCAUGGAUUGGUGUCGCGAAAAGUUAGAAAAACUGAACGGAGGUGACUCUAAUGUUGUCAUCGUCACAGGUGUCGGCCGGCGCCUAACAAAUAGCGUUGCGCGCCCGCACCGCCUUCAAAGCCGCGAGAUUUACGAGCGGCAUAAGCUUGCACCAAGCCCACCUUCAUCAUUUUCCCCUUCGCGAACUUAUUUUAACUCUGUUUCACCUCAUAGAAUCGAGGACAGUCGUGUAUCGCUCCGUAUAGAAGGCGAUAGGGUGGCACUAGAGCAGCCCACUCUGAAAGAGCCCCGUACAAUGAGCGCCCUGAAUUUCAACAGCGCAGAGUGCAGUCGAGCGGGCGAACAGGAUCGGCGACUGCUCGGCCACUCCGCUCCCGAGCUGCAGUACACGUUCAUAGAGCAAGCAUUACGUGCGGGUGGCAGUGCAGCGCUUCGGUGCGUGGCAGCCGCCUCACCACCACCACGCAUCUCCUGGCUGCUAGAUGGGCAGCCUAUCGAACAGUUCCUGCCACACCACAGGUACCGCAUAAGCGAAGAGUCCACUCCUUUGGGCGACGCGGCGUCCCUCCUCAACGUGUCCGUGUCGGCGUCGGACGGCGGCCGCUACACGUGCCGCGCCCACAACGCCCUCGGCGCCGCUGAACACUCCGCCAGGCUUAACGUCUACGGUCCACCAGCUGUGCGCGCCCUGGGCCCACUGCGUUUGGUUGCAGGCGAGAACGUCACAGUCUACUGCCCCUACUCCGGAUAUCCGAUCAGCUCGGUUUGGUGGCGUCGGUCGGGUGGUGCGGGCGGUGGAGGCGGCGGUGCGGAGGUGGGGGCGGCGGGGCGGGUGUCGGCGCGCGACGGCGCGCUGCGGCUGCGGCCGGCGCUGGCGCGGGACGCGGGCCGCUACGCGUGCGGCGUCUCUGCGCCGGGGGGGGCCACCGCCGCAGGCGACGUCGACAUACAAGUGCGGAAUCCACCGAAAAUAUCACCAUUCAUUUUCUCUUCGGAGCUGACGGAAGGCAGUACAGUUCAAGUGCUGUGCGGUGUAUCCUCGGGUGACAAACCUAUGUACUUUUCAUGGCUAAAGGAUGGGCAACCGAUUCCCGGUGAUUUGCAGAUAGAAGAGAAAAGCUUAAAUGAAUUUUCUCUACUGAUGUUCUCCGACCUCACAGCAAGGCACAGCGGGGACUAUACCUGCCGUGUGUCCAAUCACGCCGCCACCGCCAACUACACGGCCAAUCUCAAUGUCAAAGUCGCGCCGGCAUGGGUCACAGAGCCCUUGGAUUCAGCGGUGCUCCUAGGGGCGCCCCUAUUAUUGGAGUGCGCGGCUAAGGGCUACCCUACGCCCGUAGUAACAUGGUACAGAAAAAUAGGGGAUGGCAUGGAGGGCGCGGAUCGGUGGGAGGCUGCGGGUGCAGAAUGGGGCCAGGGCGCGGGCUUCUCGCAUGCAGCAGGGGUUGCCGUCGGGGGCGGCGAGGGGGGAGCGGCGGGAGGGCGCUUGAGCGCGCGAGUUUCUACCAGAGACCUGCAGGGCAUGUACCGAUGCACAGCGGACAACGGCGUUGGCGCACCGCUCCUCAAGAACGUUAACGUCACUGUGCAUGAGCCGGCCCAUUUUUCUGGUCCGGAUGCGACGGCGCGCAACGUGUCCGGUGUGAGGGGCGCAGCCGCCGCGCUUUGGUGCGAAGCGCGAGGCGAUGCGCCCCUGGCGCUGCACUGGACACAUCGCGGCCUCAAGCUAGACCUCGACUCGUUUAGGUGGACAAUUUCGGAAACACGAUCUGGCGACGGUUUGCGAUCGGUACUGAAACUUCGCGCGGUGGAGCGAGAGGACGCGGGAGAGUACCGGUGCCAAGCACACAACCGCUUCGGCAGAAGUGAGCUCGUUAUGUUCUUACACGUUGAAGAGCCUCCGGAAGCGCCACGGUCCGUACAGUUGGCGGGUACGAGUUCGCAGUGGAUACGCGUCCGAUGGCGGGCGCAGCCCCAGACUAGUGUACGUUAUUCUGCUCUCUGCACUCCAAUACAUACAAUCCCGAAUUCGGACGACACAACACAAGUGUUCAAUUUAACACUAGAGGCAGAAGAUCGAGAAAGCCCUGACGCCCAAGGAUACCGUUCAUUAAGUUCAAAGCUGGAAGGGUUAAGGCCGGCCGCCGCGUAUUCACUGAGGCUUGUAGCUUCCAACCACGUCGGUCCGUCACCACAUUCAGAGCCGCUGCUAUUUACGACUCUUGAGGAAGCUCCUAGUGGAACACCGCAAAAUAUUCACGUGAAGCCAAUAAAUACGGAGGAAUUGCACGUAGCGUGGUCUGCACCGCCUCAGCACACAUGGAACGGAGAGUUGCUAGGAUAUGCUGUGUCGUGGCGAGAGUUGAGUCGAUUCGAAGAAGGUAGCUCAGAGGGGUGGGGCCUGCGGUCCGGUUGCAGCGUGUCUGGUGGCUGGAGUAGCAGUGAACUUGUGCUACGUGGGUUGCGCCAAUUCGCUCGCUACGCUGUUACUGUGCGCGCGUUUAACACCGCCGGUGCCGGCCCACAUUCACCUGUGGUAUACGCCACUACUGCUGACGGAGUACCAGAAGCGUCACCCAGCGCAGUGACAUGCGUAGCGGAGGGUGCGCGCUCGCUACGUGUGCGCUGGACUCCGCCCCGCGCCGUUCACGACGCUCUGCGCGGCUACGAAGUGCUGUACGCGCCUAUUCACAAUGCGCCCACUUGGAGUGGAACGGGUGUAGAGCAGAUAGUGGGGGCGGUGGGUGGUGGGGCGCGCGAGGUAUUGGUGCCCGCGCUGCGAGCCGCCUCCAACUACUCGGUGCGGGUACAGGCGCGCGCACCGCGCGGCACCGGCCCACCCUCGCCGCCCGUGCACUGCGCCACCCACGAAGAUGUUCCGGGCGCGGUGGAGACGUUGCGUGCGGUGGCCGUCUCUCAUGACGCGGUGCGUGUCGCGUGGCUGCCGCCCGCUGAGCCCACGGGCCGCGUCACGCAUUACACGCUCCACAUCAGGGAGCUUGGCAAGGUCGGCGGAGAGUGGUCCCAACGCGUGGAGACGAGCGCGGGGCCGGGCGAGGAGGAGGAGGCGGAGUGCAGCGCGGAGGUGUCGGGCCUGCGCGCGCGCGCCGCCUUCGAGUUCCGCGUGCGCGCGCACUCUGUGGCCGGCGGGGGGCCUCGCAGCCGCGCCGCCGCCGCCGCCACCGCGCAGCCGGACGCGCCGCUGAGUGCGCGCAUCUGGUCGGUGGGCCGCGCGGUGUGGGCGCGUGCGGGCGGCCGAGUGAGGCUCCGUUGCGCAGCAGCGGGCACGCCGCCUCUGGCGCGGCGCUGGACGCCUCUGCCGCCGGCGCACACGCUCACGGACGCCGGUGACCUGCUGCUGCACAAGGUGGAGAGCGGCGGCAACUACUCGUGUUCUGUGCGCAACGCGGCGGGCGGCGACCGCGUGCUGUACGCGGUGCGCGUGCGGCGCGCCCCCUCCGCGCCCGCGCCGCGCCUCCUGCGCGCCGACUCUCACGCGCUGCACCUCGCCUGGGACCCGCCGCCCGACAACGGCUCGCCCAUUCUCGGAUAUAGCAUAUGGUGGCGGCGUGCUUGGACGGCCGAUGAGCACGAGCACGAGGCUCGCAGCAUACCAACUGCCGGCAACAAGUUGACACUGCGCGGGUUGGCGUGCGGAGCGCCGUACGCCGUGUGGAUGCAUUCGCACAACGCCCUCGGCGCAUCGCCACCCUCUCAUACGCUCACCCUGCGCACCAAAGGAGACAAGGCGAAGGCGCCGCUGGGCAAGGAGCUGAUCUGGGCCAACAGCAGCGCUCUAAGACUCAACUUGCUCACGUGGGGGGGUCGGUGCCCUGUGGCUCGCUGGGCGCUCAGAGUUGCCGACAACGAUGUCACCGCUGACGGAGAGUCUGCCAUGGCCGGUAAUUUGGAACCGGGGCGUUGGUAUGAGAUUCGUGUAACGGCUUACUCGCCCGCCGGUGACACGAUGGCACUCUAUAGAGCACCUACACUCACAGUCAAUGGAGAACGUAUCGGAGCGCCCACGGAGCUGCCCCUGACGGGUGACUCGAGCGCUGCGGGUGGCGGGCUGGGCGGGGGCGGGGGCAGCGGGGCGGGCGGCUGGCGGGGCGCGUGGCGGGGCGCCGCCGCGGCCGCCCUGGGCGCCGCCGCGCUCGCGCUGCUCGCCGCGGGCGCCGCACUCGCCGCGGCGCGCUUCCGCCCCCCGCGCCCCGACCCCGACACGAGCGCGAAGAAGCUGCCGCCACCCGAUGGUGACCUGCAGGAAAUAAGUCCGUACGCGACGUUCAGCAUGUCGUCGUCCGCGACUGGAGGAGCUAGAAGUUGCGCCUUGCAUGUCCACUCGCUGGCGCGGGCGGAUUCGCUGGAAUUGGCCGCGCCACCGCCGCGGCCGCAUCUUGCACCUCAUUCCACAGAGUACGGCAGCGGCUCCGAGUCGAGCGGCUCCCCGUGCGCCACGUGCGCCGCGGAGCUGUACCGAGUGCCCGCCGCGCGCCUCGCCGACACGCUGCCGGCGGGCGAAUGGUGCGCGGAGGACAGACGUGUUCCGAGAAAAGGGCCGCGCUCCUCUAGGGCGGAGAGGGGAGAGAGGGGCGAGAGGGGGGAGCGCGGGGAGAGGGCGAGAAGACGCGACACCUCAAGGCUCGUGCAAACGCCCACCGGCAGAUAUUUCUCAACGGCGUCACUCGAGUCGCGUCGCGCCGCGCUC